AUGAAGUCUGAGGCCUUCCCCUCGAUUGUUAGACUUCCGCUGGAGGUUUUGGAGGUCUUCAUUGAUUUCUCCUCAGUUUCAACACAACUUUCGAUUUCUCGCGUAUCUAGGCUAUUCAACUCUUUAACUCUGCGUGCACUAUACCGCAAUAUUUCUCUAUAUUCUCCUGCCGUAGUUGUUGCAUGUUGCCAAACAUUAGCCAGCAACCGUAAUGCUGCAACCACCGUGCGAUCAUUCUUGAUCACCUAUAAUCAUUAUUCUCCGGCUUUGCUUGCUUCGUACUAUACCAUCAUCAAAAAGGCUCUUUGCUCUCUCACCAAUUUGCAUACAUUGAAGUUACUGGUAAACGACCCACACUUCGUCACGCUCCUUAAUCGCUGCAAUUUCCACAGCCUCCGACAUUUCGAGUGUUAUCUUACACCUUCCGCACCAUUAAUCGAUUUCCUCAAUCGGCAUCCUAGAAUUUACUACCUCCAGGUGUCCCCGAACGAGAACACUGCAGACCCUCUCCCUGAUGAUGUCGGUAACAUUAACCUUCCCACUCUGGUACUUCCUCGCCUUCAGUAUUUCUCUGGAAAUGUGCAAAGCGUGCCCUUUCUUUCCAGAACUAACUCUCUGAGGGCGGCCAUCCUAUCCUGGAAUGCCAUGGAGACCGAUCCGGACAUGGCAUUUCAAGCUCUUCAACGUUCGUGCUGCGACGGUCUCAACCUCUUAAGCUGUAGGAGACGAGGCUGGAACCAGGAUUUGAUUGAAUCAAUUUCCAUCCGACUUCCUGAUCUUGUGUCUUUAUUAAUAUCGAACGUGCUACUGGUGGAUGAACCUCUCAGCGACGAUUAUCUUCAAGCUAUAGAAGCAUGUCUACCUCGAUUUACGCAACUUCAACGGCUCCACAUCGUCUGCAUCGAUUAUUUUGAGAUGGGUGAUAUAUCAUCGCCGAUAGAUAAGGAACUUUCAAUUGUCACCACAUGGGGCACCGCGUGUCCAUCUCUUGCAGAGAUUUCACUUCCUCACUCCAAAGGACUCUGUUGGUACAAAAUAGCGGAAAAUGUGUGGAUUCCAGAUCCAAAGCACACGUUAGGAGGAAAAUGGCUAUACGAAACGGUUGUCUUGAAGAGGCACCCUGGAUGGAAGACAAUCGUUGAUAAUCUGGAUGAUAAUCAUCCGUCCAAUUCAGCAGGUAUAGUCAGCGGUGGUGCGUAUACGAAUACCAUAGCCGUGGUUAAGCGCCACUUGGAUGGGUUGAUCAAGAAAGAGGGGUCAGUGCAGAAGAGCACUGCUCACAUUUCAAGGACUAUACAUGAAGACUUGCCGAGUACAAACACUUCACCCCACGAAGAGAAUAGCGAGCGUUGA